AUGAAGCUUAUGCUUGAGCUGGUAUUGAGUGACCCAGAGAAGAGGCAAAUCUAUGAUCAGUACGGUGAAGAUGGUCUGAAAGACAUGCCACCACCUGGUUCUAGCGGCAGUGCUGGAUUCCCGAAUGGGUUCAAUCCACGUAAUGCAGAGGAUAUUUUUGCAGAAUUCUUUGGGAGUAGCCCUUUUGGAUUUGGGUCAGCUGCAGCUGGCAGGUCCAUGAGGUACUCAUCAGAUGGAGGAGGGUUAUUUGGGGGUUUUGGUGGGAGUGAGAAUAUCUUCCGGACAUAUGAUGGAACUGGUGCUAGCGUGCCAAAGAAACCACCACCAGUUGAGAGUAAAUUGCCUUGCACCCUUGAGGAGCUAUACUCUGGAUCAACGAGGAAAAUGAAAAUCUCUCGGACAGUGGUUGAUGCCAAUGGUAACCCUGCACUUGAAUAUUCAAUAUUGUAUUCUUCUCUUGCUGAUCAGACAUAUAAUGGUAAAAAUGACAGACGAUUAGUUCCAGAAACAGAGAUAUUAUCCAUCGAUGUGAAGCCUGGGUGGAAGAAGGGAACAAAAAUUACCUUCCCAGAUAAAGGAAAUGAGCAGCUGAACCAGCUUCCUGCAGAUCUUGUAUUUGUGAUUGAUGAGAAGCCCCACGAUGUUUACCAGAGAGACUGCAAUGACCUCAUCAUGAAUUAUAGGGUCUCACUAGCAGAGGCACUGGGAGGGACCACUGUGAAUCUCAUUACGCUAGAUGGGCGAAAUAUGUCAAUCCCGGUAACUGACAUUGUGAGCCCUAGCUAUGAACUUGUGUUGGCCAGGGAGGGCAUGCCAAUUGCAAAGGAGCGUGGUAAUAGGGGCGAUUUGAAGAUCAGAUUUGAAGUUAAGUUUCCUACAAGAUUGACAGCGGAGCAACGAACAUCGCUCAAGCGUGCUUUAGGGGGUUAA